AUGGCCAUGGUGGUCGGUCGCGUUCACGCUCUCCUCGUCGUCGCAGCCGCAGCCGUUCGCCACGUCGUUCAAGAUCUCGUUCUCCUCGCAGCAAAAGCCGUAGUGCUUCGCCUCGUCGAAGUCGCAGCCGUAGUGCUAGCCCUCGAGGUGGGCGCCGAUCGGCGUCACCAAAUGGCAAGGAAGAAUCGCCGGAGCGGGCUGGUUCUGAUACUCGUGGUUCACGAAGCCGAAGUCGAUCAGGAAGUCGUUGAAGAAAAGUGGCGUUCGAAGUGUUUCUUUGAGUUCGCUGUAUUUUCGAAUUUUGCGUAG